UUGCAAGACAAGACAAACUCCAGGUCAUGGAGAUUACAAGUCUUUUCAGGGCGACAGUGAAAACUGUUCGCAUGAGGCAAAAAUCUCAAGGCUUGUUAGCUGAAAACGACAAAACAAAUAUUUUACCCAAGGCAAAACCUAAAACCUGCUUUGAAUCAAAAGCGAAGGAUGUUGUUUCCAGCAUUACGAAGCUCAGAGAUUUUCUGUUAGAACAUAGGAAAGAUUAUAUAAAUGCAUCCAGUCAUUUGAACACAAACCACCAGAGAAUGAGCGACUUUGAGAGAGAUGAAAUUGAUGAAAGUUCGCAGGCGUUUAUGAAAGCUUGUUCAGAAACCAUUAAAUUUUUCAAAGCUGAUGUUGGUAAAGAGAAGACAACCCAACAAGUCAAGGAACACAGGGAGGCAAUUCUGGAAUUAUUAGAAAAUUAUUUGAAAGUUGUGUGUAAAAUAUACAGUGAACAGAAAGCAGUGAGAGUAAAGAGAGUCUUUGACAAGAAAAAAAUUGGAAGACUGGAACCUCAAAGGCGUCGCAAAAUGAAAGAUGAAGAAGAUUCCACCCACAAUUUGACCACAAAAUCAAAUGGUGAGCCAGUGCAGGGACCUCCAGUAAAGAAAUCCCACACAACAAAGUUACCACUAUUUGGUGAUGAGGAUGGGGAUGAGGAAAUAUCACAAGAAGAAAUGCAGUUGUUUGAGCAAGAAAAUAAACAUAUGUAUGAAGAAAUGAAUAAUAUGGUGGAUGAAAUUAGGCAAAUAGAAGGAAAAGUUGUAGAAAUCUCAAGGUUACAAGAAAUAUUUACAGAAAAGGUGCUGGAACAGGAAAAAGAUAUUGACAGAAUUGGAGACACAGUGGUUGGGACAACAGAAAAUGUGAUUGAGGCAAAUGAGGAAAUUAGAGAGGCUAUCAAGAAUAAUGCUGGUUUUCGUGUGUGGAUUCUUUUCUUCCUGGUGGUGCUGUCCUUCUCCCUGCUAUUCUUAGAUUGGUAUAAUGCCUGAGAGGGAUGGCAAAUUAAGCAAAGAAUGAAGACAUUGAAUUCCAGUGUGCCAACACAUAACAUGAAGAUCAUUAUCUUAACAGUUCCGACUGCCUUCUACAGAUCCACGAGGGUUUUAUGUCAUGAUGUGAAUAUCAGAUGACAGCUGACAUUCGUGACAAAAAGGUCGAGUCAAGUUAAGUUCAAAAUUAUGUUUAAUAUACGCAAUGAUAGCUCAUGUGGGUGACCCUUUCUGAGAAAUUGCUGUCAACGGAGCCAAGGAUGCCGUUACUGUAAAGUUUUAUGGAUGCUUAUAUAGCAACUUCACAAUAGAUGCUCACAUAGUAACUUCACAAUAAAGCUAUUUUAUAUAUUAUUGUAUAUUGAGCAACUGUUACUUUCAUGAAAUAUUUUGCUUCUUUG